AUGGAACAUUCUUUAUCGACUUCCACCACUGAAGGGCAGACUUCGAGUCUGGAAACAACUACACAUUCCAUACUCGAUGGAAAUAAUGGUGAAUCUGAAAGUUCUACCGAAGAAAAUGUUACAACCUCAUCAACGGAAUAUUCUUUCUCGACUUCCACCACUGAAGGGCAGACUUCGAGUCUGGAAACAACUACACAUUCCAUACUCGAUGGAAAUAAUGGUGAAUCUGAAAGUUCUACCGAAGAAAAUGUUACAACCUCAUCAACGGAACAUUCUUUCUCGACUUCCACCACUGAAGGGCAGACUUCGAGUCCAGAAACAACUACACAUUCCAUACUCGAUGGAAAUAAUGGUGAAUCUGAAAGUUCUACCGAAGAAAAUGUUACAACCUCAUCAACGGAACAUUCUUUCUCGACUUCCACCACUGAAGGGCAGACUUCGAGUCCAGAAACAACUACACAAUCCAUACUCGAUGGAAAUAAUGGUGAAUCUGAAAGUUCUACCGAAGAAAAUGUUACAACCUCAUCAACGGAACAUUCUUUCUCGACUUCCACCACUGAAGGGCAGACUUCGAGUCCAGAAACAACUACACAUUCCAUACUCGAUGGAAAUAAUGGUGAAUCUGAAAGUUCUACCGAAGAAAAUGUUACAACCUCAUCAACGGAACAUUCUUUCUCGACUUCCACCACUGAAGGGCAGACUUCGAGUCCAGAAACAACUACACAUUCCAUACUCGAUGGAAAUAAUGGUGAAUCUGAAAGUUCUACCGAAGAAAAUGUUACAACCUCAUCAACGGAACAUUCUUUCUCGACUUCCACCACUGAAGGGCAGACUUCGAGUCCAGAAACAACUACACAAUCCAUACUCGAUGGAAAUAAUGGUGAAUCUGAAAAUUCUGCCGAAGAAAAAGUUACAAACUCAUCAACGGAACAUUCUUUCUCGACUUCCACCACUGAAGGGCAGACUUCGAGUCUGGAAACAACUACACAUUCUAUACUCGAUGGAAAUAAUGGUGGAUCUAAAAAUGCUAGCGAAAAUAGAGUUGGAGCCUCAUCAAUGGAACAUUCUUUAUCGACUUCCACCACUGAAGGGCAGACUUCGAGUCUGGAAACAACUACACAUUCCAUACUCGAUGGAAAUAAUGGUGAAUCUGAAAGUUCUACCGAAGAAAAUGUUACAACCUCAUCAACGGAACAUUCUUUCUCGACUUCCACCACUGAAGGGCAGACUUCGAGUCCAGAAACAACUACACAAUCCAUACUCGAUGGAAAUAAUGGUGAAUCUGAAAAUUCUGCCGAAGAAAAAGUUACGAACUCAUCAACGGAACAUUCUUUCUCGACUUCCACCACUGAAGGGCAGACUUCGAGUCUGGAAACAACUACACAUUCUAUACUCGAUGGAAAUAAUGGUGGAUCUAAAAAUGCUAGCGAAAAUAGAGUUGGAGCCUCAUCAAUGGAACAUUCUUUAUCGACUUCCACCAUGAAGGGAGACUUCGAGUCUGGAAAACUACACAUUCCAUACUCGAUGGAAAUAAUGGUGAAUCUGAAAGUUCUACCGAAGAAAAUGUUACAACCUCAUCAACGGAACAUUCUUUCUCGACUUCCACCACUGAAGGGCAGACUUCGAGUCCAGAAACAACUACACAAUCCAUACUCGAUGGAAAUAAUGGUGAAUCUGAAAGUUCUACCGAAGAAAAUGUUACAACCUCAUCAACGGAACAUUCUUUCUCGACUUCCACCACUGAAGGGCAGACUUCGAGUCCAGAAACAACUACACAAUCCAUACUCGAUGGAAAUAAUGGUGGAUCUAAAAAUGCUAGCGAAAAAAGAAUUGGAGCCUCAUCAAUGGAACAUUCUUUAUCGACUCCCACAUCUGCAGGGCAGAAUUCGAAUCUGA